AUGGAGUCCAUAAAUAAAAAUGAAAUUCUCAACAAUUUUAUUGCAAUUACACAAUGUUCCAAUGAAGAAGCAACACGAUAUUUAGAAGCUGCACAAUGGAAUGCGGAAACUGCUAUGGAAAUCUUUUUUGAUGAUGGUGGUUCUCAUACCGGUGGACCUACUCCUUCGACUAAUACCAAUGUUAAUCAAGCUGUUUCUGGACAAAUAGCAUCCGGUGGAACAGGUGGGUAUGAAUCAGAUGAUGAGAGUCCAAUGCAAACUGCUAUUGAUGAAAGUCUUCGAGCUAGUGCAGCUGCAACAAAAUCAACAUCAGCAGUAUCCAAAGAAGAUAAAAAUAAAAAUUCAUCAGCAUCAUCAUCAUCAAAAUUUGGUACUAUUGGUAGUUUACAUAAAGAAGAAGAAAGUUCUGAGGAAGAAGGUCAAGCUUUUUAUGCUGGUGGUUCCGAACGAAGUGGUCAACAAAUAAUUGGACCACCAAAGGCUAAAGAUAUGGAUAAAAAAGUAACUAAAAUAUUUGAAGCAGCUCGUAAACAAGGUGCCCUUGAAGCUGAUGACGAUGAACAUGGUUCGUCAUCACAAACAAAAAAAGAAAAAGCAUUUGCUGGUGUUGGAUACACUUUAGGUAUUUUGGAAAAAGAACAAGAACAAAGUGUUGUCUAUGGUUCGACUGAUUUCGGUAAAACUUGUGCAACUAAUGAAAAAUAUAAAGAAUUGUUGGAAAAAGUUUCAACUAUGCUUAAAAUUAAACCACAUUCAAUAAAAACAGAGAAAGGCGAUGUUGUUGAAUUAUUGACAGCUGUCGAAUGCAAAGGUAUUGUUGGUAAUGAUGGACGACAUUAUUUAUUAGAUUUAUUACGUAUGAUGCCACCUGAUUUGAAUUAUUUGCCAGUUGAUGUUGAACAUAUUUCACCCGCUAUGAAACAAUUUGAUUAUCCAAAAACGCAUAAACAUCGAUUAUGUUGUUUAAGACAAGAAUUAAUUGAUGCUUUUAUUGAACAAAAAUAUGUUGAUUUCUAUCGAUCAAUAGCACUUAAUUUAUCUAAAUUAAGAUCAACGGAAUCAUCUACAGCAAAUGAUACAACUCAACAAACAAAUGUUGAAGAAGCUAAACGUAUUGUUAAUGAAAUCAGUGUUGAAGAUAAUAGUCGAGAAAUCAUUCAGUCUGCUUGUCGUUCAAUAGGAUCAGUAAAAGAUAAUGAAUUUGAUGUUCGUUUUAAUCCUGAUCUAUUUCAACCACAUGUAACAUUAAGUCAAACGCCGGCAGAAACAGCAGCUGAUAUCAAAUUAUUAAAAGAAGCCGCAGAAUAUUUAGUAUUAAAACAAAUUCCAUUAAUGAUACAAGAUUUUCAAGAUCAUUCAGCUGUACCAGUCGAUGGUGAAAGUCUAUCAGAAGCUAUGCAUUCAAGAGGAAUUAAUAUUCGUUAUCUUGGUCGAGUAGCUCAACUUCUUAAUCAACAAUCAUCACUUUAUUAUAUUUAUGAUAUUGCUGUAACUGAAAUUCUUUGUCGAAGUGCAAAACAUGUUUUUCGUAGUUAUACACAAUCCGUACCACUUCAUUUAUUAUCAUUUUCAAUAAGUCAUUUUCUAAAUUGUUUUCUAACAAUUAUAACUUCACCAUCAUCGGAAUAUUUAUCUGAUGAAUUUUUAUCAUCAUCAUCAUCUUCAACAUUAACAAAUAAUGGUCCAAUAAAUACAAAUUCAUCAUUAACAAAUUUAACAAAUUCUUCAUCUCAAAAACCUACUAAUAAAAAAAAGAAUAAAAAACAUCAACAACGUAAACAAAAUCCAUUUAUACGAAAUGACUUUUUAUCGUUAACAUCCAAAACACUUUGGUUACAAUUAACAAAUGAAGCUAAAUCAAGAUAUAAUUUUGAUUUAAACUGUGAUGAUAUAGAAAAUUUUCUCGAAAAAUACAAUGUUCGUCGUACAUGUAUUUUACGUUCAUUUUGUUCAAAAACUGGUUUACAAUUAUCUAUCCGUGAAUAUCAAUUUGAUCUAGCAAAUAAAUCCACUCGUACAAAUAAUGAAUGUUUUAAUGAAGAAGAUAUUAUUAAUAUCUAUCCAUUAAUUAAACAAGUUCCUCCAAAAGUAAAAGCAAAACUAUUAUCAUAA